AUGUCGGAAUUGGUUGUUACGAGACUCACAACUUCUGACUAUGUGGUUUAUGCUCCUAAGUGGGAUUCUCUCACAACCUUUAUGGUCUCAAUUCUGCAGAAUUUGAAAAAUAUCUCUUAUGAAUUUGUAGCAUCAUCUAGUCAAAGGCAAGAGCAAUUAGAAGUUAAAUUGGCUUAUGUUGUUGGUAAUCAAGAAGUCAUGGCUACUAAGCAAGAUGUGAUGAAAUAUCAGCUGGAGAUUGUGAUUACAAGAAAAGAUGUAAUGAGUUAUAAAUUGGAAUCUAUUAUGGAGAUUCUGAAGCAAAACUCUAGGCCUUAG